AUGAUGGCCCUCCACCAUCACCACCACCACCACCAUCACCUCAGCGCCGCGGCGGACUACUGCAGGCACUUCUCCGCCCCACCUGCCAUCGGCUACGGGGACAGCGGCCAUUACCUCCCGCGGCUGACAGUCGGGUUGGUUCUGUGGUGUGAGUGUGAUGGGGCCUGUCUCCCUGAGGGGACUGGGCAGAGGCUGUGGCACCGGCUGAGGCUGAGGCACCGGCUGAGGCUGAGGCACCGGCUGAAGCACCGGCUGAAGCACCGGCUGAAGCACCGGCUGAAGCACCGGCUGAGGCACCGGCUGAAGCACCGGCUGAGGCACCGGCUGAGGCACCGGCUGAGGCACCGGCUGAAGCACCGGCUGAAGCACCGGCUGAAGCACCGGCUGAAGCACCGGCUGAAGCACCGGCUAACGCUGAUGGAGCAGACCUCUCCACCUCAGGCUGAGAGUGUGGGGGGAGCGGAGGGGGUUGUGGUGGGGGAGGAGGGGGUGAGGAGGGGGGAGGGAAGGGGCGGGGGUCAUCUGUAG